UUUGCUGUCAAUAUGUCAUGAGAUCAUAACAAAACAAGUAGCACAAUUUUUAUAAAAUUAAACAGUGUAUGCCUUUUUAUUACUUAUUGUUCGCAAUGGGCGUCGAUAUUGAAGUUCUUAGUCCUGGAAACGGAUCUACAUAUCCCAAGCCGGGUCAAACUGUAGUGGUCCAUUACACGGGUACCUUAGCUGAUGGAAAGCAGUUCGACUGUUCUAGAGAGCGUGGGCAACCUUUUAAGUUUACGCUCGGCAAAGGAGAUGUGAUCAAGGGAUGGGACAGAGGUAUACCAAAGAUGUCAGUAGGUGAGAGGGCCCGAUUAAUCUGCUCGCCUGACUAUGGCUAUGGUUCUAGAGGCCACCCGGGGGUUAUCCCAGCAAACUCCACUUUAGUAUUUGAUGUUGAACUGCUUCAUGUUGAAUAGUAACCUAAAACAACUCGUAUGUUUAUAAAGUUAAGUUUCAGUAUUCUUAUUGUUGGUAGCCAAGUCU